AUGUCACUAUGGCACUUCAGACACCUAUUUGAUUACUUCUGGAUUUCAAUUCUUGCUCUUUGUAUUGCUCCUUUCUUUUUCAACCCACAUCAGUUUGCAUCUGCAGAAUUUGUGAGUGGUCUCGGCACCCAUGUUAUGUCGCAACUUGCCCAUGAAUUUAUUGUCAAGAUCAUUGAGCUGUUGCUGUGGAGCUCUGACCUUCUCAUUGGUCACUAUUGUUCAUAUUGA